UGAAUGUUCAAUUUCCAACUUCUCCCCUCGACACAAAAGCCCUAUUUCGCUCUGCUCUAUCUCCACCCUCCGCAGAGUUCAGGCGAAGCGACGACGAGAUCGUGAUCUCUUCAGGUUUUCUUAGAGCAACGCAAUCGGGAUGAGCCGCUACGACGGUCGCGCCUCCGACCCCGGCUCCUACCGCGAACGGAGAAGCGAUACGGGACUGGGAAGCGGUUCUCAGAGCUACAUCAGGGGAUUCGAGUCCUCUGGCAAGCGAGACACGGGAGGCGCCGCGGACUUGGACCUGCUGACCCCCUUCGAGAAGAACUUCUAUGUGGAGUCGCCCUCCGUGGUCGCCAUGAACGAGGAGGAGGUGGAAGCGUAUCGCAGGAAGAGGGAGAUAACAGUGGAGGGUCGCGACGUCCCCAAGCCGGUCAGAGAGUUUCGGGACGUUGGAUUUCCAGAAUAUGUAAUGCAAGAAAUAGAGAGAGCUGGAUUUGUUGAACCGACUCCUAUUCAAGCACAAGGGUGGCCGAUGGCUUUAAAGGGCCGUGACCUCAUUGGUAUUGCUGAAACAGGCUCUGGGAAGACACUUGCUUAUCUGUUACCUGCAAUUGUCCAUGUAAAUGCACAGCCAGUCUUAGCUCUUGGCGAUGGACCAAUUGUUUUAGUCUUGGCUCCAACCCGUGAACUUGCUGUCCAGAUCCAACAAGAAGCAACAAAGUUUGGAGCUUCCUCAAAGAUAAAGAACACUUGUAUCUAUGGUGGGGUUCCGAAGGGACCUCAAGUUCGAGACCUUCAAAAAGGUGUUGAGAUUGUCAUUGCUACACCUGGACGUCUUAUUGAUAUGCUGGAAUCACAUAAUACAAAUUUAAGAAGAGUAACUUAUCUUGUUCUGGACGAGGCUGAUCGAAUGCUGGACAUGGGCUUCGAACAACAGAUUAGGAAAAUUGUUUCCCAGAUUCGCCCAGAUCGCCAAACUCUUUACUGGAGUGCUACUUGGCCCAAGGAGGUUGAGCAACUUGCAAUGCAGUUUCUCUACAACCCAUACAAGGUGAUUAUUGGUUCUAUUGACUUGAAAGCCAAUCAUGCGAUACACCAACGGGUGGAGAUUGUCUCAGAGAACCAGAAAUAUAACAAAUUGGUUAAUCUGUUGGACGACAUAAUGGAUGGCAGCCGAAUUUUGAUAUUUAUGGACACCAAGAAGGGCUGUGAUCAGAUCACAAGACAGCUACGUUUGGAUGGUUGGCCUGCUCUAUCUAUCCAUGGGGAUAAAAGUCAAGCUGAAAGAGAUUGGGUUCUCUCAGAAUUUAAAUCAGGGAAGAGUCCCAUAAUGACUGCUACUGAUGUUGCUGCUCGUGGUUUGGAUGUGAAGGAUGUGAAAUAUGUGAUCAACUAUGACUUUCCUGGUUCUUUGGAGGAUUAUGUGCACCGAAUUGGCAGAACGGGAAGAGCUGGGGCUAAAGGCACAGCAUAUACAUUCUUCACUGCAGCUAAUGCAAGAUUUGCUAAAGAUCUCAUCAAGAUUUUAGAAGAAGCUGGACAGAAAGUUAGUCCCGAACUUGCCAAAUUAGGUCGUGGUGCUCCCCCUCCUCCAGUUCACGGUGGAUUCAGAGAUCGUUAUGGAAGCAACCGAUCUUGGAGCUGACAUUUGAAGGAAGAAAAGAGGAAAUUGGCCGGUUAAAUUCCAAGUAAGGGAGUGGGGAUUCCUCACCUGCAAUUUCUAGAUCGGAUAACCAUACUGUAUGAAUAAUUGUGAUUUUCUAAUGUAGUAGUAAUAGUAGUUGCUCUUUUACAUUGUCUACCACUUUCCUUACUGCUUAAGGGUUAAAUGGAUGUUUUUGUAUUCGUACAAAUACAUCUCAUGGAGAAGAUUAUUUGAUGGACAAACAAGAUGGAUAAGCAUCAUUCGAUAAUAUUAAGAGCUCUUGAUGGACA